AUGCUGAACAUGAGUCAACAACUGUCUCAUCCCAAUCCAGUGCAUGCCCAGCAGCCCCAUCCACAUAUACCAGCGCAUCCUUUGCAGCAUCCACAGCAGCAGCAGCAGCUACAACAACACUACGGAGAGUGUCGAGCAUUACCGGCAAUCAACGAGUCAUUUGCGCAAUUUAGUCAGCAUCGUUCGUCAAUUGCGCUGCUCUCGUUGUCACCGCUGGAUCUGUCGCUGCGUGCGGCGGCAAAUAUAGUGCCAAUUACGCCGCCAUCGACGCCCUCGCCGCCGCGAAAGCGUCAAAGAUUGAUGUCCGAGGAAAAUUAUCUGUGGCGGCCGCACUUGCCGACCCCAGCAACAGCUUCAGCAGCAGCAGCACCAGCUACCUUGGCUAUGCCAGCAGCUGCUGCAAGUUACUUUCAGACUGAGCAGCAAUUGGGGGCGAGCUGUUAUGGUCUACGCAGUUUGGAAGCUGCUGGCUAUGAGAAAAGUAAUUUUCACAUUAAAAGUAACUUUGCGCACAUUCCGGCGAAUAAAUUGAGCGUGGCAAGUGCAACAAGCGUGGGCAGCGGCAGUGGCAGCCAGGUGGAUGAGACAAUUGUGUUGACCGAGGACGAGGAUGAAACAGUUGUUAGUUCCCAUGACUACAAUGACUAUGCUACGGAUACGGACAGCGAUACGGAGCAUAAUACGGAAAUAGAAGUCAACGAUGAUGAUGCGCAGUCAACGCAGCAACAACAAACGGAGCAGCAGCAGCAAGAGGAGGAUGAGGAGGAAGUGUUUGUGGACAUUUUAAGCAAUGACGAUGAUGCGCAGAGUCCAUCGUUGAGAUUGCAGGCACAGCUGCUGGAGGCGAAAGCACUGAAGCGCAAUGAGCUGACCUAUGAGGAUAAGGAGCUGCAUCAUCAGGCUAUCGAUGGACUCGCUAGACUGUUCGAGCGCGACUUUGGGCCGCCUGCUAAGCAGCGCGAGGCAAUAGAAACUGUAGAUGUGGAAGAGCAGUCGCUGCCAGAGAAAGUUUAUACGGAUCUUAGCGGCGCAGCUCCCACGCAAUUGCCGCCAGCAACGUCGGACUUGCCACCGCUGCUCCCAACACAAAAGCCACACAAGUCGGAGCGUCGCCGCACCAAGCUGCGCAAACAUGCAGCCAUUGAUGAGGAAACCAUCAGUCCCGUUUCGGGCACCAUUAUACGCAAGCUACGCGAUGAUGAGGAGUUGGUAGUGCGCAAAGGUGACAUUGAUCCGACUUUCAAUGUGGUCGAAAUUACGGAGGAGGCCAAGGCCAUUUUAGCCAGCAUUGACAAUAAGAUUGGCGACUACUUAUGUCAGCUUUGUCGCACCGUCUACGAUGACGCCUUCAUGCUCGCCCAGCAUCGCUGUCCGCGCAUCGUGCACAUCGAAUACAAAUGCUCCGAAUGCGAAAAGGUUUUCAAUUGUCCAGCUAAUUUGGCUUCGCAUCGCCGCUGGCAUAAGCCCAAGUCCGAAAUGCAGGCCAACAAGAAGCGUAGUAGCCUCAAUGAUGCCUCCAGCUCUAGUCAGGAUGCAAGCAAGUCUACCACAGAGGAUGCCGCCGACGGCAUUUAUCCUUGUCAUCAAUGUGGCAAGACUUUUAGACGCCACGCCUAUCUGAAGAAACAUCAGGCCUCGCAUCAAAUGAUGGAGAAUCUCAAGAGCAUGGACUUCUUUCAUCAUCAACAACAACAGCAGCAACAUCAGCAGCAGCAGCAAGCGCCGCCGGCAACAGCCACACAUGCAACUGCAGCAACAGCAGCAGCAGCUACAGCCACACCCUAUCUCUUACCACGCCCACCACAUUGUGCACUCUAUGGCAAUGCAGCAAGCAAAACUUAUGCCAACGCGCAACGUUUUGCAGGCUUUCCUUUUCAGCCUUUCGAGCAGCGUCGCUUCUACUCCUUAAGUGAAUUAUAUCUCUCACAGCAGCUGGAGCGCAGCUCGGCCUUUCAAUAUGUGCAUGCCAAUCAUUUGCGGCAGCUCUCGAAUGCGGCACACAACAUGUUGCCACCGCAGUCGGUCAAAUGACAAAGCUCGCAUGUGCUGCGUCCUGUUGCACGCAUUGCAUCCACAGCCACAUCCACAACGGCAGCGCCCACAGCCACUGUGAGCAGACCGCCAAGGCAAACAGAGUUGCCGACCAGCAAUGCCCAAAGGCUGUCCGCGGCUAAUUUCAACUGGAUGAUGCCCAUGGCAACAGCUACGCCAACAAAUGCGGAGCUGGAAACGGAAGCAGCGGG